AUGGACGAAUUAGUGGACGGUAUCACAAAGCCUAGAUUUGCCAGAAAGCUCAUCAUUAUCUUGGCUGGAUAUGACGCUGAUAUAAACCGACUUAUGUCCAUCAAUCCUGGUCUUACCAGUCAUUUCCCAGAGUCUCUCCAAUUCGAACCCUUGUCACCAGAAAAGUGUACUCGGUUACUCAAGGAGCUCUUGUCGAAAAAAAAAAGAGAUCUUCUCGAACACUCGCAAACAAAAUUUGACAUUAGCUGUGUGCAAUGCCCGGACCCCAAUCUGAGCAAGGAAAUGACGCAAGGAUUUGAUACUCUGUCGAAGUCUGCAAGCUGGGCCAAUGCUAGAGAUGUUGAAACACUGGCGACGGCAAUCUUUGGGAAGACUGUAACGACGAUACAGGAUACCAGUACAGGAGGAUUAAUAUUGAGUCGAGACUCAGUCAUUGAGGAGAUUCAAAACAUGAUCACCGAACACAAUAGCCGUGACAAUUUCCAGCCGCAGCAUCCUCUCACCAAAGACAACGGGGGCCCUUCCUUCUCAGUACCUCUACGUACCCAGAAUACGAACCAAUCCAUGACCAAUAUACAAAGUGAAAAUGCCAAGUCAACUACUGUAUCCAAUGCUAAGUUCAAUAAAGUGAAGGUGGCAGAUCAGCGCGACGAUGGUGUCGCAGACGAUGUUUGGGCGCAGCUUGAGAAGGAUAAAGCUAUGGAGGAUGCAAAGGAAAAGGAAUAUUUGCGUGUGACUCAUGAUGAACAAGAGCAGAAAAGGGAGCUCCAGAAGCUUCAGGACGAGGAGAACACGUCAGCCAGGGAAGCCGAUGAAGCAAGAAAUCGAUACGAACAAGAACGAUUACGCCAUGAAUUAGAACGCAGAAUGAAGGAGGUCAUUGCAAGAGAUCUUGUAAAGAAACGAAAAGCGUUGGUUGAAGCCCGCCGUAAGGAACAGGCUAAUCAAGCAAAGCUUCGUCAGAUGGAAGUUUGUAUCAUGGGGUAUCGUUGGAUCAAACAAUCCGGUGGAUAUCGAUGUGCUGGUGGCAGUCACUGGGUAUCAGAUGCACAGCUCCAUUAACAUUAUAGUAAACUCAUUCAUGACCACUUUGAAAGUAGAAAUCGAUUCGAAGGCAUGUAUCGAUGCUUGCUCGGGGGUUUCAUAUGUACACAGAUAGGGCUUCUUUGAGCUUUGUUAUGCUUCAGAAAGAAAUCGUCCAAAGUAUACUUUCAUACAAAGACAAAAACAGCUCGGAAAAUGAACAAUU